GAGCCUUCUGAGGGUCAGGUUCUACUGUGACUUCAUCCACCACUGCCAGUUGGCAGAUGACAGUACGGAGACAGCAACACCAUUGCCCAACCAUCCUAAGGGGCAGCUAUGGAAUCAUACUGGAUAGAGGACUUUAAAAAUAUAUAAACCUGCAGAAAAAAUUCUACCUGCAUACACAUCAAAGGAACUCUCAUAGAGCUACUUGAAAAUUCAUUGUGAAAAAAAUAAAUAAAUAAAAAUAAGAGGGUCAUUUGAAGACAUCUCAAACGUCUUAGAGAAUUCUGUGAGGAAGGCAGUGAAAUUUUCAAAGGAAAACAACUUACAACACAAAUCCCAUAGUGGUAGAGGAAACUCCUUGCAAAUACAUAUGGCCAUAUGCUGAAUUUCAGCCAAUAGAAUAGAAGGACAAAGUGAGCUACCUUCCCACAGGGAUCGCCCAAAGGCAAGCAGUUGCAGAGAACCUCCUCAGAGGAAACAGUAGCACAAAUCCAGGAUUAUCUGAAGGCAGGAAAUUGGAUUGAACAUCUUAAGAAGAAACAGUCACAGUAUCAGGAGUGAAGGAAAGAUGAAAACUUUGCCACUGCUGGUAUGCAUCUGUGCUCUGAGCGCUUGCCUCCCAUUCAGUGAAGGUGGAAGAGAUAUUCGCCAUCUAUAUUACAGAAAAAAACUUCACCAUCAACCUAAAUUUGUCAAGCUACCACACCAUUUUGGAUUACCAAUACUGCAGAAUCCAUGGCCCAAGAGACCUGUACGUCCACGUCCACCCUUUAGGCCUAAAUCUACACAUCAACCUCCUCUGUUUCCAAAUUGCUCCAAGCCAACAAAUUUUCCAGUUAAAAGUACUACUGUGGUCAACAAUAAUACUUCAGAGGCCCCCACUCAAAGUCCAAUUCUGAAUAUCACAUCUCCUACCAACAAUCCUACUACUCAGAAUGCUACCACCACAGGCUCUUCUGUAGCUCCACCAACAACACAACCUUCUUCAGCUCCACCAAACACCACAGUUAACCAAACGGCAUCUUCCCCAACUACACCAACACAACCUUCUUCAGCUCCACCAAACACCACAGCUAACCAAACUGCAUCUUCCCCAACUACAGCAGCAACACAACCUUCUUCAGCUCCACCAAACAUCACAGCUAAGCAAACUGCAUCUUCCCCAACUACACCAACACCACAACCUUCUUCAGCUCCUCCAAACACCACAGCUAAUCAAACUGCAUCCCCAACUACAGCAGCAACACCAUCUUCUUCAAUUGCAUCAGAAACUACAAGCACAUCAAGUACCUCUGAAACAACAACUGAAUCCAUAGCCCCAACUACUGCACCAACCACCACCACAACUACACAUACACCAAAUAUAUUGGAUCAAUAUAUUAGAGAUCUUCUAGGUCGGUUAGCUUGGUUGUUUACUGGUCAGUAAUACUUCAUACUUCAUGGAGUACUCUGCCAUUCAUGUGAUUUAUGACAAACAGAGUUACCAUCUUUACUUUGACCACGUAUUUUAAAGUGAAAUUAUAUUAUUCAAAUUGAAAGCACUCUCACAAAUCUUGAUCUAACUAUUCACCUUACAUGAUCAAUUAACAUAAUCAAUCACCUCUAUCCCACAAAAACAUAUAUACCUGUGAUCAAGAUCUCUGUUUGGAACCCAUGUAGUAGCUCACUGAAGGAAAAGAAAGACAUUAGAUUGAAAAAAAUAUAUUGUAUGAGUCAUCAAGCAUUUACUUUACCCUAAAAGUUAGAAAAUACAAGGUCAUUAUAUUACAUUCAAUUACAAACCCAGUAAAAUCAUCUAAUCCUAUAAACAUAGGGAAUAAAAUUAGCUCGAUGUAAGCCAAAAUUACAUAGAUUGAUACAUCUAUUUAUCCUCCUCUUUAUAUUCAUCUAUGUAUAGAAUGAUCAUUGUAAUGCAGAUUAGUAACCACACCCAGUAUACAAUUAUUUUAAACUCUUAAUGGAAUUCAAUUCCAAAAAUUGAGCCAAGAAAAGGGAAAAAUAGAAAUAAAUGAAAAUGAAAUAUCUGACAGGGACUCCAAACCAAGACUCUGGCAGUACAUUUCUGAAAGCAGGUCAAACUUUAUGGUUAGCAUUUAUUCUUUACAUCUAAAUUAAUUUUGAACUACUGCACUUAAUUCUAGCCUCUGUGAACCACAAAAAGACAUUUCCUAGG